UUGUCCUCCGCUGGGUCGCAUCGUACCACCUGUCAUAAUCAAGCCAGUCAUCGCGACUUGUCUUCCGCUCUUCCGGGGCUUCAGUCAGCGCGGAAGCGGCAUUGAUGCCGAGGGCUCGGAAUAUGAGUCAAGGACGGAUCUGGAUAAGAUGUUGCAGGUGAGUAUUAGAUAAGAUCCACGCAGGCUUGCUACAUCCUUGCAGGACUACUAUUAGGUUACUUUUGCGCCCAAGCGGACAAACCAGUCCGGAAACCGAGAUAGGACGUGCUUGCGGGCGAUUACGGUGCCCAUGAUGGCCUCCUAUCCGCGGAAGGUGGAGAGCGUGGAGCAAGUCACCGAAGCGGGAGUGGUGCUGAUGUUCCUCCUUGCCCGAUUGUCGGGUAAGGACCGGAAGUGACACCUCGACCGGCAGCGUUUCGGGGACGGACAGUGUCAUGUGCGGUGUGGGUAGGGACGACGAGCAUGUGCUGGUGGGGCUCGAUGGCUCGAGCUCGGGAACAGUAUGUCGAUGGUGGUGGUGAGGGUGGUGAUACGGGUGGCGGUGAUGAUGGUGAGAAUGCCGGUAAGAGGAGGAUGUGGUAGAUGGUGUGGAGGAGGAAGACUCGGAUUUCACACCAGACAUGUCUGCCACAGCAGGCAACCCCGACUCAAUCGUACCCGUCUCAAGGCCCAUGACUCCUUCCCAAUGCGCCAGGAUCUCCUCCUCUUUCACAAGCAGAUCCCAAUCGAGGACCUCGAGGAACUCUCGCUCAAUCCGGCCGAUGUCUCGCUUCCCAAAGACACCCGUGCACAGCGCCCAGUGCACAUUACGCAGAGUGCUGUCCUGCGUGAACUUGCUCGCGACAAUGAGCGCGCCCAAGAAUACGCGCUCCAGAGCCCAAUCUUCGAUUGCGAUGGAAAGGUGCGCACGCGCUCUGGCGAUAUAUACCAGGGCAACGAGUACGGUAGCAGGUGUGACUUCGGCACGGGAGAGCACCGAGCGAACGAACUUGGGAAACUGAGACUCGUAAGAGGGCAGCUUGGAGGUGCGCUGCGCAUGGUCGUCUUGGUUUGGAGAGUCACGGGUCAAAGCGAAGCGGACGGUAUCAGAUACGCAUUCGACGAUGUAUGCUAUCAUAGAAGGGGUGAACUCGAUAUCCAGAAGUUCCAGGAUCGCAGAAGAGUGGUUGGCCGGAUCUACAAGCGAGGCGGGAUGUACGGGAGAGUGCGGGCUCAAGCCGGAUGCGGAAGUCGAUGCGGGGGACCACGACGAGUAGUCGGUCAUCGAGGACAUGAUGCUACGGGGAACGGACGGGGGCUACGGGUAAUCGGAGUGCGGUUCCCAUUUUUCGAGAUUCUGGUUAUAAAGCCAUAACCCGCCUCCCCAUUUGUUGCCGAAGAGCAAAAAAGAGCCGGGGUGCCGCUCAUUGCCGCUUCGGGGAUCGACUGUGAUUGAUCACGUGGUGGUGACGUCGAAUUGAGCCACCUCGCCCUUUGACUCGGCCCAAACUUGUACCUGGGAAGCGGAAAGUAGGGAGGGGAUAGAAUUUGUUUAGAGCAGUGAUUGGCUCCAACUGAUACGAUAAAAUAUGGUGCAGUCUUACAACCAAUGCCUAACGGCAGAAAAUACCAUAU